AUGCAUGUCAUGCCAGCCAGCACGCCCUCAAUCAUCAAGACGGUAGCUUCCGCUCCUCUUGAAGCUACCCUGGAGACGACAGCGAAAGCGCCAGCUAUCACACUCAGGCGAAGUCUGGCGCGCUCUUGCAAUGCUGAGCCACUGCUCAUGCUACCCGCAAGCACGCUGACAAACAUCAAAGAGGGCAGAUCGAAUGUACAGCAGCUACCCACGCCCUCGCCUUCGGUCGACUCUCUGUCGUCGUCGCUCGGCUCAGAUGCAAAAGCAGGUCCAAGCAGCGAGGCCAGCGUACCCAUCGCAGAUCCUGGCGAGGAUGGAGUUAUGUCGGAUCUCACAGACUUGUCGGAUACGGACAACAACAGUUUUGACGAGCGCUGGAGCAAGAUCAAGCGUACUCGCUCGACCAGAGCACGCGCCGAACCAGUCAAGAGAGCUCGUCGAGACGGUUCGAACGACGUCAGAGAAAGAGAGGAUAGUGUCGAUCCUCUGGAGACCAAUGAGCUGCUCGCCAAGAAGAAGCUUCCCACGACGCAAGACCGCAAAGAGUACUGCAAAGCGGGCAUCUACUCGCUCUUUUACAAACAAAGCAAAGGUCGCGCAGCAACGUCAGGCAGUAAGACCGCGAGCACGUCCAUGUCGUUCCAAUGGCCGCAAGCUAGAUACUUUGGCAAUGUGCGCUUGGAAGAGCAGCGCGACUUUCUGCUGUCCUACGACAUCUUUCGUGACUAUUCGCUGAUCGGAUUCGAUUCUGAUGCCGACUCGAGUUCUUCAGAAGACGAGGAGGCCCACAAGGACAAACCAAAGGUCACGCGUAACAAGAUUUUUAGGCGCGCGCAUGGCGGAAAGGACAUGGAGCAAGGACGUCUCCGACGAGAAUGGCAGUCCAUCCAGGAUCGCAACCGCAGACCGGAGCCUUACAAGAUCAUCGCCUCCAAUGCCUAUCCGGAAAGACAGAAGCAGCCCAGUGUGCUGCAGGCAAUAUGCUUUUGCAAACCGCCCGCUCCUGGCGAGGUAGGCUGUGGCGACAACUGCAUCAACCGCGUCAUGGCCUAUAUGUGUGACCCCAAACUUUGUCCAUGCAAGGACAAGUGCACCAACGGACCGCUUCAGACGCGCAAAUCGGCAGCAGGCAAAGGCGACAAGGAAGGUGUUGCUGUUUUCUACACCGGCAGUCGUGGCUUUGGGCUCAAGGCGACGCUUCCCAUCAAGUCUGGCGCGUUCAUCAUGGAAUACAAGGGAGAAGUCAUCUCCAUCAAUGAAUCGUAUCGUCGCGUCAAGUUGAUCUACCCUGGUCCCAACUACUACCUGCUCUCGUACGAUGACGAAGAGGUUCUCGAUGCUGGCCUGAAAGGCAAUGCGACUCGCUUCAUCAAUCACUCGUGCGAUCCCAAUUGCGAAGUCGUCAGACUCAAGUUUGCCGAUUACGACGAGUUCCAAAUCGGGCUCUUUGCUCUACGCGACAUCUCACCAGAGGAAGAGAUAACGUACAAUUAUGGAUGGCAGUCCUUCUCGAGCAGCUCAACGGCCCAAUUGGAUGAGACAAAGCAGCGUUGCUACUGCGGUGCGCGCAAGUGUAGCGGAUGGCUAGGACGCAAGGAGAGCAAACAGGAAGCUAUCGUACGCGCUCAGAUCGAAGCAGAUGCCCAGGCUGCUCGGCUUGCGACGAAGCAACAGAAGGCGGCCUUGCAGCGCGAGAAGCGGGAGGCAAAGAAGCUUGCACUCUUGCAGGGAGCACUCGUGUACAGCAAGACCAUGCCUCCCAAGAAGCGAGAAUCUACAGACGGCGAGGCCUCCGCACCUUUGCGCAAAUCGACACGCACGCAGGCCCCCUCGGCCGAAGCUGAGCCUGCAAAGACGUCAACGAGCAAGCAAUCUGCUACAAAGCCAAAGAAAGCCAAAGAUGAGGCUGACAGGCCCCCGUCUGAGUCCGUCAAGACGCUUUCGGUCGGCGAGACGAUCCCGGAAGGUCUCGUACUGAAGAACGAGUCUGGCGAAGAAGUGAAUCUCACGGAGCUCGUCAAGAGCACGGGCCUCAUCAUCUUCGUCUACCCCAAAGCCUCCACGCCCGGCUGCACAACCCAAGCUUGCGGAUUCAGGGACAACUAUGACGAGAUCAAGCAGCAUGGGUACGAAGUCUUUGGUCUCUCGAUGGACUCUGCGAAAUCGCAAAGUGGCUUCGUCGCCAAGCAAGCUCUGUCCUACCAUCUCCUCUGUGAUCCCGAGCAGAAGCUCAUCAGAGUGCUGGGUGCAUCGAAGACCAAGACAAGCGUGACGCGCUCGCAUUUUGUCAUUGGCAAGGGUGGCAAGCUCGUCGACGUCCAUCUCAAUGUAAAGGCCAAGGAAUCGCCUAGCCUCGCUCUCAAGUACGCAGAGGCGAACUCUAUCUCAGGCACAGGAGCGGCUACAAACGGCGAUGCGGCUGCGGCAAUCAAGCCUGCUGCUGUCGAACCUGCUGAUGCCGAAGCUGCUGCUGCAGAACCUGCUGCCAACGAACCUGCUGCAGAAGCUGAAAAGGCAGACGAGAUUGCCAAUUGA